AUAUCAAUAUCAAUACAACCCUGACUGAGCCGUCUCACUGCCAACUUAACUCACUUCCUUCUUUUGGAUUUUGGUCGACCUAUAAGGUCUAUCGGCUAUUGGAAAUGGGUGCCUACCGGUAUAUGCAAGAAUUGUACAGGAAGAAGCAGAGCGAUGUCAUGCGCUAUCUGCUUCGUAUUCGCGUGUGGCAGUAUCGUCAACUGACCAAACUGCACCGCUCUCCAAGGCCGACUCGUCCAGACAAAGCUCGCCGCUUGGGAUAUCGUGCCAAACAGGGCUUCGUCAUCUACAGGAUCCGUGUUCGUCGUGGUGGUCGCAAGCGCCCCGUGCCAAAGGGCUGCACAUACGGAAAGCCAAAGAGUCAUGGUGUGAACCAAUUGAAGCCAUACCGUGGACUGCAGUCGAUUGCUGAAGAACGUGUUGGUCGCAGACUCGGUGGCCUGCGUGUCUUGAACUCCUACUGGGUGGCCCAAGAUGCAUCCUACAAAUACUUCGAGGUCAUUAUGGUAGACAUUCACCACAACGCGAUCUGCCGCGACCCCAAGAUCAACUGGAUCUGCAAGCACGUGCACAAGCAUCGCGAGCUGCGUGGACUCACUUCCGCAGGAAAGAGCUCUCGUGGCCUUGGAAAGGGCUACAGAUACUCGCAGACCAUCGGUGGAUCCAGGCGUGCUGCCUGGAAGCGCAAGAAUCGCGAGCAAAUGCACAGGAAACGUUAAGGGCAUCUACGUUUCUUUGACCACAUUUCAAAUACAAAUUGAAAAUCCAU